AUGACUACUGAUGCUACCAAAAGACAUGUCUUGAUGAUAGACAAUUAUGAUUCCUUUACUUGGAACUUAUAUCAAUACUUACAUCAAUCCCCAAUGUGUGGGAAAGUCGAUGUUUAUAGAAAUGAUAAACUUGAUAUUGAAACCAUUGAAACUCAAAUUAAACCUGAUAUUAUUUUCAUUUCACCAGGUCCUGGACAUCCAAUAACUGAUUCAGGUAUUUCUAGUGAUGUCAUUAGACAUUUUACUGGGAAAUUACCAAUAUUUGGAGUAUGUAUGGGACAAGAAUGUAUAUUUGAUGUAUUUGGAGGUGAUGUCACUUAUGCGGGAGAAAUUGUUCAUGGUAAGACAACCACGAUUAAACAUGAUGGUAAAGGGAUGUUUGAAAAUGUUCCACAAUCAGUUGCUGUGACUAGAUAUCAUUCUUUGGCGGGUAGUUCUAAGACAUUGCCUGAAUGUUUGGAAGUUACUGCUAUUACUGAAACUUCUCCAGAAGUUAUUAUGGGGGUUAGACAUAAGAAAUAUACCAUUGAAGGGGUUCAAUUCCAUCCUGAAUCUAUUUUGACUGAAUCUGGUCAAUUAAUGAUUGAUAAUAUUUUGGGAGUAUAUGGAGGAACUUGGGAAGAAAAUGAUUCAAUUAAAAAGGGUACCAGUUUUGAUAAAAAGGAAAAUAUCUUGACAAAGAUUUAUAAACAAAGACAAUUAGAUUAUUCAAAUAUCGAAAAAUUACCUGGGAAAUCAUUCGAACAAUUAGAAAUUGAAUUAUCUUUAGAUAUUGCUCCACCUUUAAUCAAUUUUUAUGAUCGUCUUAAAUAUACUCAAUCAGAAUUGAAACAAACGAUUAUUUUAUCGGAAUUCAAACGUGCAUCUCCUUCAAAAGGUGAUAUUAAUAUCCAAGCUCAUCCAGGUAAACAAGCAUUAACUUAUGCUACCAAUGGAUGUUCUACUAUUUCAGUAUUAACUGAACCAACUUGGUUCAAAGGUUCAUUAGAUGAUUUAUCAUUAAUUCGUAAAGUAAUUGAUAAACCAAAUUUAUCAACCAAUUAUAAACGUCCAGCAGUUUUAAGAAAAGAAUUUAUUUUUAAUAAAUAUCAAAUUUUAGAAGCAAGAUUAGCAGGAGCAGAUACAGUUUUAUUAAUUGUUAAAAUGUUAAAUGAUUCUAGAUUAUUACAAGAAUUAUAUGAAUAUUCUUUAAGUUUAGGUAUGGUUCCAUUAGUUGAAGUUAAUGAUAAACCAGAAUUAGAUCAAGCAUUAGCAUUAACCUAUAAUGGUGAUAAUAGUGAACCAUUAAUUAUUGGUGUGAAUAAUCGUAAUUUGACUACAUUUGAUGUCGAUUUAAAUACUACUAGUUCAUUAGUAGAUGCUGCUAAGAAUAAUAGUGGUAGAAAGGGAGAUGUUUUAGUAUUAGCAUUAAGUGGUAUUACUACUGUUGAAGAUGUUAAGAAAUAUAAAUAUGAAGAUAAUGUUGAUGGAUUUUUAAUAGGUGAAAGUUUAAUGAGAGCUGAAGAAAAAGGACAAGCUGGUGAAUUCUUGAAUGAAUUAUGUAACUGUUAG